AUGAAAGCAAACAUUUUACAAAAUAUAACCUUAUCAAAUGAUGAUUCCGAUAUAGAAGUAACUGACGGCAGUUUUAGUAAAGUUUUACCGAUAGGUACAACUAGAUGUAUUAUUAUAUCGGGGAAUAAUACAUCCGAGGUAAAACCAUCAUCAUCAGGUGUAUUAAGGUCCACACAAAGAAGAAGAAGAGAAGAAGAAGAACAGGAACAAGAAGAAGACAUUCACGAAACAUCUACACUUGACGAAACUUUCUGUGAAGAGCGGGAUUUAGUACUAGAAAAGAAAACCACAGAAGAAUAUUUAAUAAAAUUACAAAAAUUUAUAAGUGAGUCUAAAGAAAAGUACCCAAACAUGUCGAAAGUGCUAUUUACGGUGACUGAAGAUGAACUAUUAGUUGAAUUAGUGGCAAAACAUCCCGCAUUAUUCGAUUUGGCCCAUAGUUUAUAUAAGGAUCAGGUUGUCAAAGAAAACGCCUGGAAAGAAAUAGCUGAGGCAUUAAGCAGAUCAGUUUACGACUGCAAAAAACGUUGGAAAAAUAUUAAGGAUACCUACAAUAGAAGAAAAAAAAGGGGGAAAACCACAGGUUCUUCUGCAUUGCCCAAACAUGCGAAAUGGGCUUUAUCAGAUAUGUUGUCCUUCCUGGACCAAACAGAGCACAAACGCCCAAGUACAUCUCUCGGAACUGAUCAACACGAAGAGGACUUUAUGAGUGAGGAAGACACUGAAAAUAAUAUUGAGUCGGGGGAAGUGUCUCAAGAAUCAUCUCGUUCAGGUAGUUCUACCUCUGUCCUGACAGCAGACAUUAACCCGACGCUAAACAAGGGAGCGGGUGCAAUAAAAAAACAAUUUUCCAAAUCAAGUAGCAACAGAAAAGAGAAGAUAAAUGAAGACAUAAUAGCUACAAUAAGAGAAAGAAGUGCUGAAAGAAAUGAAAUCUUUAAAAAAAUUGGUCUAAACAAACCAGAUUCUCUGGACUUGUUUUUCCAGAGCAUUGCAGCCUCAGUAAAAGCAUUAAGACCCGAGUUAAUCAAUGAAGCAAAAUUACGAACAAUGCACCUGAUAUUCGAAUUAGAAGAGAGAAAUGCAUCGAUUCCGCAACCAAAUGCUUUUGAACUUUCACCAGGCCCAGCAACCCCCUCUGCUCCAAAUUCAGGCAAUAUACCUACGAUUUACAAUUCUCCGUCAUCAGACAAUUACUUAUUAGAUCUAGAUAACUUUCAAUCAAAUAACUCCAAUUUUUAA